GAGACAGAGGCAGGCAGAUUUCUGAGUUUGAGGCCAGGCCUGGUCUACAACGUCAGUUUCAGGACAGCCAGAGCUACACAUAGAAACCCUGUCUCGAACCCCCCUCCCCCCGCCAAAAAAAAAAAAAAAGAAAAAAAAGAAAAAGAAAAAGAAAAGAAAAGAAAGAAAAAAAGAAAAGAAAAAGGAAGUGGCUAAAGUUAUUUAAUUUUUAAAAAAUGUGUCUGCUAGAAGACUUUACCCUAUAUACAUGAUGCGCACAUUUCUAGUCUCUCCAGAAUACUUUUCUGGGGUCUAGCACAUACCCCUACUCCAUUUGAUUGCAUGGAAUAACACAAACUAAAAGAUACACUGCCUAAUUGUUGAAAGAGGAGAUGCUGUCUCAGACUUGCGUUAGGAAAAUGGUAACCUUUUUCCUCUAGAACUGGGAGGAUUUGAUUCUAGUCAAGUCAUUGGAAGCAACGUGUUGUGUCUUAGAUAAGCCACGAGGCUGUUUUGGGCGUGAAUUUGUCCUUCAGGUAUUUGGUAUCUGAGGUCUGCACGUUUAUGAUAACUUUCCCCGGAAAGCCCGGUGCAAUGGAACGCGUCUUCGGUUUGACACUAGCCCGAGGGACGGGAGGCGGGAGUCAGCAGUCACAGCCCGGAACCUUAAACUAGGGACCCGGGCCGCGGGCUUCUCCGGCUCACGUCACUAGGGCGCGACGCCUACUCUUCCAGAAGCCCCGGCACAUGAGGUCCCACGGUGAAGUCGAGUUCCGGGACAAUAAGACACAUCACUCUUGAGUCCCCAGGAGGUUUGGAUCUCAGCAUCCCUGUCCUAGGUUGACCACCACAGGGCACAAGGCCCGGAAGCUCCGACAGCCCCUCCAGGAACCUGUAGAACUGAGUAUCAGAGCGGCUGCGCAGGGCACGUGCUCAUCCUCCCCGGAGUGCCGGCGAUUGGCUGUGACGCAACUUCCGGCGUGAGCGGCGAAAGCCGGGAGGGCGAGCGAGAGAGCAAGCAGCCAGCAGGCGGGCGGGCGGGUGGCCGGCCGGCACGGAGGGAGGGGACGAGCAAGCGGUGAGCAAGCCAGCGAGGGUGCCCGGGUCCCGAGGGCAACGGAGAUUCCUCAGGCCCCUCCGGUGCCCUCCCCGGAGCCCAGAGCACCUCCGGCACCCAGCGGAGCGGACACGGCCCGGCCUGGCCAUGGCCUCGUUGCUGAAGGUGGAUCAGGAAGUGAAGCUCAAGGUUGAUUCUUUCAGAGAGCGGAUCACAAGUGAGGCAGAAGACUUGGUGGCAAAUUUUUUCCCAAAGAAGUUACUAGAACUUGAUAGUUUUUUGAAGCCCACUUACAAGAAGCGCAGGUUGGAUGAAUGUGAAGAGGCCUUUCAAGGAACCAAGGUGUUUGUGAUGCCCAAUGGGAUGUUGAAAAGCAACCAGCAGCUUGUGGACAUUAUUGAGAAAGUAAAACCCGAGAUUCGGCUGCUGAUCGAGAAAUGUAACACGGUCAAAAUGUGGGUUCAGCUGUUGAUUCCCAGAAUAGAAGAUGGGAACAACUUCGGGGUAUCAAUUCAGGAGGAAACAGUUGCUGAACUAAGAACUGUGGAGAGUGAAGCCGCAUCUUACCUGGACCAGAUUUCUAGAUAUUAUAUUACAAGAGCCAAAUUGGUUUCUAAAAUAGCUAAAUAUCCCCAUGUGGAGGACUAUCGCCGCACUGUCACAGAGAUUGAUGAGAAAGAAUACAUCAGCCUCCGGCUCAUCAUCUCAGAGCUGAGGAAUCAGUAUGUCACUCUCCAUGACAUGAUCCUGAAAAACAUUGAGAAGAUCAAACGGCCCCGGAGCAGCAAUGCAGAGACACUGUACUGAGGCCAGGGCCAGGGCCAGGGGACUUUGUGAGUCUGGCUCAAGACCGACAUUGCCUUGGUUUGUUACAUGACUAUCGUGAUGGGAAAACUGGCUGGAAAUAGUAAUCACACCUCUCUGUUUUUAGUUAGAGUCUAAUGAAACUCUCAUCUAGUUCUGUGACGUGUUUACCUCUUUUUUCAGGCCUCAGGAACUCUUCUAUCUCCUUCCCCAACACCCCCCACCCAGCCUGUCCUAAUUUCUGGAGAACUCCAGGUUUGUGCAACAUACUGGCACAAGCGUAAUUGUGGGUUUUUGUUUUUUCUUCCCUUCUCUCCCCCUUCCCCUGUUUUAGGUUUUGUAUUUUCUUCCUUUUGAUGAUUAGUUGGUUAAAAGCUGGAGGAACUAUAGGGAAAGUGUUAGGUGUCUUUUAGGAACAGGGGGAGUGGAGGUGGAAGGGACAUCUCUUGUCACAAGGCUAGUGUCUCGUUUCUGUGGGACUUUGGGUCCUCCUUGCCUGCCCAGGUGAUGCCUUAGGGCUUCCCACCUACAUCCAUCCCGCUCUGAGCCUGACUGUGGCGAGGGGUCCCCUAGACCUUCACCUGCAUCCCUGCAGCUUCUUUGGAUGUUUUUAUAACUGGGGUUUUCACAUACACAUGUGUACACAUGUAAACACGCAUAGGGACAUGCAUACAUGCUUCCUGCUCCAUUAUAGAACAUACCUUCCUUCCUGCACCACCACUCCCUCAAGCCCUUCACAUACAAACAUCUCAGCAGGUGAUAGUUGUCUUAGUCAUCCACCCAGGCAAAAGUCCCAGGCCCACCCUCUUCUGAUAAUGUAGCAGUUGGUGCCAGGGUAAGCUGAAGGAGAACCGAGAGCCGAGCAGCAGAGGGCUCAUGAAGGCCUUCCCUCUGUGGCUCAGGUUCUUUUUGGUGUUAUGCAAAAGCUGGUCCUCUGGCCCGCACUUGUCUUCUCCUAGGCCAGCAUGUGCGCUGGCUGGGGAGCGGCCGGCUGUGAGGUGCAGAGGCUGCUGCUCCUCGCUGUGCUUUCCCUUUGGGAAAUGUUUCUCGUAUUUAUAGUAUUGUGCUUCCAGGGAAAGCAGUAAUUCAUGUGUAUACGUGUGUGUGUGUGCACAUACACACGUGCACAUGUGUGUGUGUGUUCGUGUGUGUGUGUUAAUAUGCUGCGAAGGUCAAACCCAUAGAAGAGUUGCCUCCUCUCUUGAAUCUUCCAGAGGUACCACUUGUUAAAGCGUUUGUAUUAAUCGCACUAGCCCCCAGCUUUUUAAGUGAGAGUUGGUCUCUGCAAUUAGCCUGCCAGUGACUGACUCUCAGUGUCUAUUUGACUUUUAUUCCUCUCCGUCUUCCAAUCCCAAAUCAUAUUUCCACCUGGGAUGCAUCACUUUCACUCCCAGCAUUCUGUAGGAAAGGAGGCGGGAUGCGGGAUGCUCUCUUCCCAAGAAUAGUGCUCAGUAACAAACCAAUCGCAUUUUCGUUGGGCAGUGCACCUAUCCACCCUCAGAUCCCUUCCAGCUGAGCCCCUCCCCUCCCCCCACCAUGUGUUUCUUGGUUUUCCUUUUGUUUGAUUGUCCCUCUGCCCCUCCUUCCUUGGAUUGUAAUGUAAAAUUCUUUUACCAUGUCAAGAAAUUAUUAAAAAUACAGGUACUUUGACCUCUUUCUAAAGCUGCA